AUGGCGUUUGACAAAGACACAGUGUUUCCUCGCCUAUACCAUCUCGAGUCCUCCUCAUCGCUCCGCGUCCUUUGGGCACUGGAGGAACUAAAUGAGACCAAGGGCCUGGAAUAUUCGAUAAAGAAAAUCCCUCGAAGCAUGAAUGCGUAUCCCACAAAAGAAGCGCACCCUACAGGCAAAGCCCCCAUCCUGUGCAUUGGACCCAAACCAGAGGAAGCCCUGGCCGAGGCCGGUCAUAUUCUGGCGUAUCUUGCAAACACGUAUGCCGAGGGGAUGUGGGCGCCGGACAAGGAAGACCAGGAUCGAGAUGCAUUCUUUGAGCGGUUUGCAAAUGCUUCGGUUCUCCACAAGACGGACGCCUUGCUCAUCUUGGAAGUGCCAGCCCAGGUUUAUCCGUUGUUUCUUGGAUAUUUGGGCUACUUCUGGUAUUUACCCAUGAUAAGGCGAUUCAAGUCAGACUUGAAGACACUUUACCAGUUCAUGGAAGACAGCUUGUCAGACGAAAAGCCAUGGUUCGCUGGGAAACGACGCGGUCUGGCGGAUUUUAACGCCAUCUGGGCCAUGGACAUCGGAUCUCAAAGAGGCUAUUUUGAUGGCAAAGCCUUCCCCAAGCUGCAGAAUUGGCUCGACAGAGUGCAUGCUCUCCCUGCGUAUCAGAGAGCAUUGGAGAAGGGAGGCAAGUUUAAUGUAAAGAGUUUCUGA